AUGAAGAGGAUCCUCUCAAUCCCUCUCUGCUUUGGAGUUCUAAGUUUGUUAUCUGUGAUGAUCUUGGUAGCGUUGGUUGAUGGACGGCCAUAUCUUACCCAAGAAAAUGAACUGUUUCCAGAUAAAGAUGAUACAAAUCGUGAAGACCUACUGCUGGCACUACUGAAUAGAAAUUUCGAUAUCCAAAGAUAUUCCAAUAUGGAUAUAGAACUGGCUCGCAAACUGGAAGAACUUAACCAGCUAGAAAAGCUAAAACAACAGCUCAUGGAGGCAAAGGCAGCUGAGAUGUUCUAUGCUAUAGAUGGUCUAUCCUCUUCCCAUCGUAACAAGUGAGGUAAGCUUUUAUUUCUAAGUUUAAAACUGAUUUCUAAAGGAUUACUUUUACAGUUGCUUCUGAGAGGGAAGAGAAUAAAUUGCUCUUUCUUAAUCCUAUGAUGUUGAUAAAGAUCAAGACUCACGUUUUUAAAAAGCUUCCAAAGAAAGUGUUCUCAUAGGAAUGUAUCUAAGCUUUGCCAUAUUUACAACAGUGCGUAGUAAGGUUACAGUUUUCUGCUAUAAAAGAUAUUGGUCCUUAUUUUUUAAAACUCUGGACCAUCCUGGUUAUUUUUGAUUAGACUCUGGAGCUGGCAGGAUCACAAAUAGAAAUCAAUUUUGAAGUCAAUUCAGUAUUUUUGAACAUCAUCACUGGAGGAAGAAGAAUCUUUCAUUGCUGUUACACUUGUUUUCAAGUUUGAUUUAUAAUAUUUAAUUUUAGAAAGAUAAGUCUUUUAGGAUAUAUUCUGAGGAAAAAAGUCAACAAAAUUUGCUGUAGCAUUAGAUGAGGGAUGUGAAACAAAGGCAGAUGUCAAAGAUGAUUCCAACGUUUUGAGUCUGAGCAACUAGAAAAUUAUGGCAAUUUCUAUUUAUUGAGCUGAGGAUAGCUGCAGGAACAGAAAGUGUGAUAAUGGAGAAGAGCUAGAAUAAGGAUUUAUUGGACCUUUCUUUAGUCAGUAUAGUCUAGGUUAUGAUGUAUUAGGAGUCCUGGUUGCACAGUGAUUAAGAGCUCAGCUGCUAACCAAAAUGUCAGCAGUUCGAAUCCACCAGCCAUUCCUUGGAAACCCUAUGGGGCAGUUCUACUCUGUCCUAUAGAAUCACUAUGAGUUGGAAUUGACUCAACAGCAACGGGUUUUUUAGUAUGAUGUACUAACAAUUUUAAUCCAAAUCUCAGAGGCUAAAUAUAAUAAAGUUCAAAUGCAAAGUGCAAUGUAAUUCACGUAACUCCCCUCUGUCUCGUAGCUAUCUCAUCUGGAACAUUGUUUAUCUUGACUGCCUGCAAGCUUGCCAAAGCAGAGGAAAGGAAUAGAGGAGGCAUCCCAGCUCUUACCUACCUCAGUCCAGGAGUGACACAGAUCACUUCUAUUUAAGUCAUUGGCCAGAAUUAGUUAUUAGGACUGACAUCAACAUGUUGGCAAGGCAGGCUGGUAAAUGUAUGGAAUACAUGUAAUACAUAGGGACCACUGUCUGUACCACGGUCAAUCCCUUGGUAUCUUCUUAAACACAGACUAUACUCAACUCAAUUCAUUUAAAAAACAAACAAACAAAAAAAAACCCCAGUGCUUUUGAGUCUAUUCUGACUUCUAUAGCAACCCUAUAGGACAGAGUAGAACUGCCCCAUAGAGCUUCCAAGGAACGGAGCGGCUGGUGGAUUCAAACUGCCAACCUUUUAGUUAGCAGCCAAGCUCUUAACCACUGCACCACCCCAGAUUCCUUCCAGGGGCUGCAUCCUGUACAAAGAACAGGCUCUCCAGGAGAUGCGUAUUAGUCUUCAUCAAAUCCAGUGUGGCUCCUUCUUCAUUCACAGACCUGUUAACUAAACUGACAAGUUAUCUAACCCACACGAGUCCAAUAAUGGUAGUAGAACAGGGACAGGAUGACCACAAUAAAUAAUCCCUUCACAGGAGUGACAAAACAUCUGGAUUGCUGGUCCCCAGCAGCUCUGAAAUCUCUCUGUGUGGGUAUUGUGAAGGUCUACAACUCUGGGGUUGGGAAAAUGUUCUUGGUUAGGGCCUGGUUCUGCUUUCUAGGAGAAGUUCUUCUCCAUUGUGAUAUGUCUCCCCUAGCUCCAGCCAUUGUGAGGUUCUUGCUUGUCAAUUAUUAUCUCUGGACACAUCUUAUGUGCUACCUGGGGAAUAUUCCCUUCUUGUGUAAUGCACAGCUUUUACAGGUCUCUUCUUACUCUUGCAAGAUUGGAGGCCAAAGCUUAUUUUGUCUUGAAGUGUCAAAGACUUUUUUAUUGUAUUGUUCAUAGUUUCUUUGGCAAUGACAUUCUUUCAAAAAUUUAGAAAAGUUCUCAACUAUUUGCUACAUACAAAGUUGUUGUUGUUACUGUUGUUUUAACAAUUUUAAUUAUUUUGCAUUAUCAUCCCCAACUUAAUGGCAGCUGCCUUGAAGGUAUCUGUGACAUAUCGUAAAGGCCACAUACUGAAUCUGAUUUUUGCCCUGAGUCCUUUAUUCCAAGUGAUGUUCCUCUGUCAUUUAAAGCCAUUUUGAAUAUAAUUUUGUAGUGUCUGGGAUCUCAAAGCAGUUAGCUUUUUCAACAUUUCAUGACUCUGUAUCUUUGAGCUCUUUUUGUUCCCUUUUGAUUUCUCUUUGCAAAGACAUCAGAUCCUUCCUGAGUUUAUAGAUUUCUUAUAAUACCUUGCCAAAUCCAAGAGAAACCUAAACAUACUCUCAAUUUUCCAACCUUUUCUUCUAGAAGUUCAAAAGAUACAUGAUCUGAAUUCCAAGCUGUUGCAAACGCCAGUUUUACCAAAUGUAUUGCCAUUUUAUAACAUGGCUCUUCAUUUUUCCAGCCUGUGAUAUCAGUUUGUCUGCCAUAAACCUGUUGCUGAGACUAUGCCACAUCUUAGGUUCUUCUUAAAGUAGCGCCCCACUUCAUAUUGCCAAAUUAUACAUUGGGAAAAACUAGGCAAAGUAUAUUAGUUUAAUAACCUCAAAAUCUCAGUGGUUAAUUCGUUAUUUUAUCUUUUGUUUACAUGAAGCCUCAUGCAUGUUGGUCAAUCCUCUACUUUGUGCCUACAGCAUUUGGAACACAUGGCCUCUAAUGUCAUCAUGGUAGGGUCAGAGAGGGUUGGACUACAUAAACCUUCUCUUAACUUCCAGAACUAGCCACAUGUCUCAAUCUAAAUAGGUGGGGGCUGGGAAAUGUAGAGAAGCACAAGGAAUAGUUGGAGAGACCUAUCCCUACCAUAGACA